UCGUUUUGGUCUCUCUUCAGUUCUGUCAGCUCCCGCUACUCCGUAAAACCAUUAAACCAGAGAGGUACGAAACCCAACAGGGAACGUUGAUGUUCUAAUGUUUUUCAGUCGAAUUUCCCGCCAGAAAUAUAAGCUCUCCAUCAUUCUCAGUUCACCCCGUCUGUUCACUUCGUCAAUCCCUUCUUCCUCAAAGCUCAAAGAGUACUCAUUCAAACCCCCACUCUCCCUCGCUGGUGGGGGAGGACAACCACACGAAAACCCUAACCCCAACCGUAACCUUGCUGCCGGAAACGAAUUCAAGCAGAACAAUAAGAAGAAGCAGAAACCCUUGUAUCGUCCACCCUCUUCGCUGGAUCGCACUGGUUUAAAGCCGCUGCAUUCUGACAUCCCCUUCGAUUUCAGGUUCAGCUACACGGAGAGUAGUCCUACGGUCAGACCGAUUGGACUACGUGAGCCCAAGUACUCUCCUUUUGGGCCUGGUCGGAUUGACCGUCCCUGGACUGGGGUCUGUGCUCCUGCUAUUGAUCCGACUGUGAAGUCUGUGGACGAGAAUGAUGAGUUGGAGUUGGAGGAGAAGAGGAGGAAAUGGAGAGAAUCGAUUCAAGGGGAACCUCUCACUGGUGCUGAGAGGAAAAUUCUUGUGGAUAGGUGUCAGAGGAAUAAAACCAAACGACAAAUUAAUCUGGGUAGGGAUGGUCUGACUCACAACAUGCUGAACGACAUUCAUAAUCACUGGAAGCAUGCUGAGGCUGUCCGGAUAAAGUGUCUUGGUGUUCCCACUGUUCACAUGAAAAAUGUGUGCAUCCAACUUGAGGAUAAAACUGGUGGGAAGAUCAUACAUAGACAGGGUGGUCUUGUUGUCUUGUAUAGAGGCAGGAAUUAUAAUCCCAAGAAAAGGCCUGUGAUUCCAUUGAUGCUGUGGAAGCCCCAUGAGCCUAUUUAUCCAAAGUUGGUCAAAACUGUGAUUGAUGGCUUAACAGUGGAAGAAACAAAGGAAAUGAGGAAGAGAGGAUUGGCAGUUUCACCUUUAACAAAGCUUGCAAAGAAUGGUUUUUAUGGUAGUCUUGUUCCAAUGGUCCGAGAUGCUUUCCUCGUUGAUGAGCUGGUUCGUAUAGAUUGCAAAGGCCUUGAGAGGAGUGACUACAAGAAAAUAGGCUGCAAACUAAGGGAUUUGGUUCCUUGUGUCAUUGUGACAUUUGAAAAGGAGCAGAUUGUCGUGUGGAGGGGGAAGAACUAUUGCCCAACAGGAGCAGGAGAGUUCCUUAAUGAUCGUGAAUACUUUGACAUCAGCCAAGUGAACUCUUCUGACUUCGACUCUGAAUGCGAGUUGCUUUCUUCUAACAGCAGAUCAGAAGCAUUGAUUGAGUGAAAAGUUUGUUGAAUGUGCUCGACUUACCUGGAAGAGAAGCAACUCCUUUUUU